AUGGAAGACGUCGUCGUGCUACAUGCCAAGGCGCUGAACGUUGAUCGCAUCUCGUGUCUACAGUUAAUGUCCCGUGCACCAGAAAUUGCCCAUCAUUUGGGAUAUGCACCUGGAGGCAUACAGAAAGGGUCACGGGCUUCGAUGGGAAUGAGCAGAGAGGCUAGAGCUUUCGGUGGUGGCGUGCCUUCCAUGGAGCUCGGGGGCGUCACAGCAUCCCUGCAGUCCAUCGGAGCCUCUGGUACCAUCAAACCUGAGGCUAAGCGUGCCAUUGCUGCGGCCCUAAGAAAAGUGGGCAUCUUGGCUGAUGGGGACCAUGUGGCGGCCAUGCAAGAUCGGCGGCAACUAGUGGUCGUCGAGGUGCCCAGAUAUUUCGAAUCAAGGGAAGACGAGCUUCCACUUCUCGUGGAUUACAAGGUUGGAGGCUUCAAUCACCAGAGAGCAGAGGAGAUGCUCCAAGAGUCUAGGUUGUGGGAUACUCGAGACGAUUGCCACUGUGAGUGCUCGCUCGAUGCAGAUCGCACGCUUCAGAUCUCCAGGAUGCAAAGGAUCGAGAACAUGAAGGUUUUCGAGAAGUUCAAGCUGUAUGAAGCUAGCGUGGCAGAUGAUCUUCGACGGCGAAGGCAAAAUCACGCUUCACCUGUCUAUGGCAUGCAUCCCUGGCUGGAGCGACUAGCCAGUAAGAACGGCUUGUCCAGCGUGUCAAACACUGUUUACCUUCUGCACGGUACGGCGGCGAGGAAUCUCGCAGAGAUACGCAAGGAAGGCCUGCACUCCAAGUUUUCGCUGCAUGGCUCGCAGUCAUAUGGCCAAGGGCUGUACUUCACGGUCAACAGCUGCAAGGCAUUUCAAUAUGCCGGGGAUGGCGGCUGCAUCCUAGUGUGCAGGGUAGUUCUGGGUAAGGUGGAGGUGUUGCCUUCGGAAUGUGGAGCGCGAUUCUUUGCAAGGCCGCCUGCUCAUUCGGCCAAGGCACAAGCAGGUUACACUCGGCGGCAGAACGCGGUACAAGUCCAUGACGAGUAUAUCGUUUUCAGUGGGGAUGCCGUUUAUCCCGAGUUUGUGCUGCAUGUCGCGUAG